ACCUACCGGGUCAGUUUUGUUAUCCCGCCAUAAAUCACGCGCGGACUAUGAACGUGUCGUUUCUCGCAUACGGACGGUGUUAUUGUAGACUCUGACGUCAGCGAGCCGCUCGCUUGCAAGACGGUGGAAGGAGAGACGAAGAUUGUGAUGCCUGGAUUGUAACAAGAGGAUGUGGCACUUAAGUCCCGUGAAGACUCGUCGAGCAGACACAUGAAAACAAACGUCAAAAGAGAAGGUAAAAAAGAAGAAGACGAGAGGACAAGAAACAGCUCGGGCCGUCGGCAAACUGCUACACUGUGGACCGUGCAUUUAUUUCUGAGGAAACAUUCUCUAAAACUUGACACAACGUUGGAUUUUGGAGUGGUUUAAAUGUUCAUCUGAGGAAACAUUCUUUCACUGCUGCCAAAAGCUGUCGUGUAUUUGCACAGAUAGACUCUUUUACCAUUCACUGCUUCGGUCGGCUGCUUGUCCGAGCUGUGCAUCUUAUAGAACCGAUGCGCCUAAGGUGACUCAAGUAACUAAUCGUCCUUUUGAGCUCCGAAACGCCAUCUUUCUCCUCGAAGAUCCGAGCUGACGAAUGUCGUCCGGUAUCAGCAUGACAACUAUCAAAUUCUUGACGGAAAACACCACCUUGGUCACGCCACUGACCACGGUAGGCGAAGGUUGGUACGAUCCGGACAGCAUCAUUCUCCCUAUCAUACGCUGCUGCAUCGGAACCAUGGGCAUCGUCGGCAACCUCCUUGUCUGCAUCGUGGUGAUACGACUCUGGAGCUCCAACAAGCGUAACACCACUAACACCUUAAUCGCAAACCAGGCCAUGAUUGAUUUCGUAGCCUCCGUCAUUCUCGUCACAGUCACCCUGACGGAGACCUUCAAAGUACCGCCUCCAAACAAUUACUUCUUCGGGCAGGUGUUCUGCAAGUUCUGGGCCUCCCGGUUCCUCAUGUUCGCUGCAUUUGCCUCCUCGACCACCAACCUGACGGCUAUCUCCAUCGAGAGAUACCUCGCCGUCAUUCACCCCAUCUACUACUCCAUGAAAUUCGCCAGCACCAUGGUGGCCAAGCUGCUUCCCCUUGUACCCUGGCUGGUUGGCCCUCUCUGGCAGUUUGUGGUGGCUCUCAUACGGUACGACUUUCUCCAAGAUCAGCUUGACUGCACCUACGAGGCGCCGCAGUACACAAGUGCCAUGGAAAAGGUGUUUGGGCUGAUCCUGUUCCUCUGGGAGUACUUCAUCCCCACGCUCAUCAUGACGUAUGCUUUCGUCAAGAUAGCCUUGAAGUUCCGCCAGCAAAAUCGGAAGGUGGGCCACAGGCCGCCCCAGCCUACAGGUGCAUCGACCGUGGCCGCAGUGUCUACCAUGAAUGACCACCAGAACUCCAUCUCCGUCAUGGACCAGAACAGCCCCGUGGAGAACUCCAUGGUGACCGCCUACGACGCCACGGCAGGUGCCGGCACCAGCGGUCAGCGAGGCCGCAGCCAGGGGCCCAAAGGCUCCAGCAACAUCCAGCGCAAGAACGUCACCAAGACCCUCUUUAUCGUAUUUGUCUUCUUCGUCAUCUGCUGGUCUCCCGACCAGUGGGCCUUCCUGCAGUACAACCUGGGCGGUGAGCUGGACUUCGGAGGGGUGUUCGUGAAUUUCGCCAUCGUCCUGGCGCAGUUGAACUCGUGCGUCAACCCCUUCAUCUACGGACUGCAGUACAGAGCCUACAGACAAGGUCUGAAGAAACUCUUUUGCAAAUGCAUUAAAUAGCCAAUGACAGGUGCAUUGGGAAGGGUUGGGAUGACCCCUCCCUCUCUCCCGCGCGAACCCCAUGGUUCCAUCCAAAACAUUGCUCAUGUUAGGUGCACGGUAUUUUUUUCAUAAGAUUAAGAGAUCCAAAGCCAGGUAAUGCCAGAGUGAUCAAAGAUUGUUUUGUUUUAGAAACCAACGACCGGGAAAUAACAGUGAAGCUAGGAGACAGUAAUGCUUUAACGAAUGAUGUUAUGUUAACUUUCAGAUAAAAUUGUUAUCGGACACUGCUGUAUGAACUCUUAUAUUUAAUUGUUUCCAUGCACACGGUGUUUCCGCAAACCUUUAUUUCAUUAGUAUCUCGUAUAUACAUGCAGAGCCUCAAAUCUUACUUAGUUAAUUAUUUCCGCAAUGUUUCCUGGAGGGUGUAACCGUAUUUGAACAUUUUUGAAAUGCGACUUCAAAGUAAGGGUCCAUUGUUGCUUGACGAUUCUGAAGAAAGAGUUGUUGUCUAAUUUUAAUCAGAGAGAAUCUUUGAGAGAAGUUGCUCACUCUUCAAUUUCACGGACGUGAAACGGAAAUGUACACCAAUUGCAAACAAACGUUGUGCCGAUUCAUCGGGAACAAGAAUACUAUAAAUCUGAAGCAGAAUUUCAGCUUAGCAGAUAAUACAUUGUAUACCUUUAAGAACAGUUUUCUCAAAAGCAAGGUUUUCAGAAAUCCCUCCCUUCCAAAAUUUUCAUUAAUACGUUUUGACUUGCACCCUCUUGUGAUAUAACCCCCGAAUUACCAAUAGGGAAAAUAAUUCUCAUUCUCGGCAAUGUAACCGAUUGCAAACUAAGUUAAAUUAAACUAAAUUGGAGCAGUAUUUGAAAAAUAUGCUGUUUUUUUUCUCGCGAUGGCUUUUGUCCUAUAACCAUCGCGAGGAAAUGAUGAUAUUUUAUUUUUUUCUCGAAAAGGCGCAUUGAUUUCACAGGACGCUUGAUCCUGUCAUUUACUUGAAUACGAUCAAGUUGGAUAUUUUAUAAUGUUUUGGCAGUUUCAUUUGUAGAUGUUUGCAAAAUGGUAUCCGUUAUCUUUCAAAACUCUUAAGAAUAUUUUGAUAGCAUCUGGCAUGGGAGUGAGCAUGACGAUUCACAUUAGACAAAAAUGACUAUUUAAUUCUUGCCAGUUUUAUUGCUAAAUGAGGCUGUUUGUUAAUUUUUUAUAACCGUUUUAAUGUUUUAAAGAUAUAAUGUAAAACAAGACUAUUUAUUUACCGUCAUUUGUUUUCUGUCAUAUAAAUGUAUAAGUUUGAGGCAGUACAGUGCAAUGUAAACAGUGUUUUCUUCUAGACUUGAAUGAAGAUCUGUUUGCCAGCGCGGAAUAUAUUGAAUGACGGUGCUAAAAACUGAUGGCAUCAUAUAUCAACGAAUCAAUUUGAGUAAAUGCGGAGAGAGUUUAGCCCAUAGAAUCGCCUCGGAAUAUGGGUCAAUGCAUAGUCAAAGCAACAGAAGAACGGGGGGCAUUUUUUGUGUGUCUGUUUUUCCCGGAUCUGAAAUGGAAGCGCAUGCAAUUACAAUUGGCCGGUUAACUCCACUCUUGACUUAAAUCCUUCGAAAGGAAUCGAUUUUUUUUUGGCUGGAAUCACUUCCAGUAAAUUGGCCACAGCGGGAGUCGCUUUUCUGAGGCACAUUUCGCAGCUUUCUGUAUGCGCAUGAUUUAUUGCAUUGUAACACUGCAACCUCGUGCCUUUUGGCAAUACUUAACGGCUGUAAUCGGUUCCGAUGGAGUGUGUAGAAACUAGGAUACGGCAUGUGCUUUUACGAGUAAUAAGGACCGCUAUAGAAACGUGUGCGUAUACGGGAUACGUACGCGACUUGAAAACAAAAUAGCUAGUUAUAUUUUGUGCGGUUCAUUUACCAAACCCACGUAGGUCUUACACAUCUUCACAUUAUUAAUGUGAAAUGCACGUUGCCCAUAGUCUGCUAGAUGAAAAAAAGCCACGCAAAAUGGUGUAUUUUACAAGCAAAUUUGAGUCCUAGGCCGGAGACGUAUCCCCGCCGUACGCGUACCGUUACUAAUGGUCCCUCGUGGUUCAGGUAACGGUUUUAAUUCAUUUACGCGCGCCAUCGGCACUGGUUGUCGCUUCGCUUCAUUAACUUGACGAUUCAAAGUACAACGACUUGGAGACGGAAGAGGAGAAAAAAAAUAUAAAAAAAAUGAUUGACGAAUGCAAAGCAAAGAUGAGCGCAAUUACACUCACUCUGAACAGGCAAAGAAAUUUGAUUUUUGGCUGUAAAUUAAUCUAAAUAUAACGGCAGUGUUUGCUUCGUUACGUAUGGCUCAUCGCAAAAUGACCUACGCGCAAAUAAAAGCAGUACUGUAAUUUGAAUAAAAAAAAUUGACUUUUUCGCGUUCUGCGUCCUUGCAAUGAAAUGUCAGCCGCUGGAAGAUUUAAGUGGACAACGAGAUCAACCUUUUAUUGUUUUCAUGUUAACUAAGUAAAAUAUUAUAUCAAUUGUAUUAAUUGUGGUAUAAUUCAAUUUUAUGUAACCUCACAAGAUGCUUGAACGAUCCCGUUGCACUGUUUUGCACGUGCAUCACCUUCAA